AUGGCAACCAACACUAUCGAAGCUUCAAACAUGUGCGUCGUAGAGGAAGUUGGAGCAGAACGAAGUUGCGCCUAUCUUUCUGAUUCUUCAACUGAUGUCGAAGACAAUAGUGAAACUACUUCUUCCCACUUAGAUCAAAAUAAUGCAAGCAAUUUCACCAAACAUACAAAAAUUACUGAAAUUAUCGAACCAGAAAUUCCCUCGAAUAGAAAUCGAGAAAGAAAAAUCGACGAAAUUUCUGAUAUUUCCGAUGACGAAGGAUUUUCUUCUAACAAUUUCUAUGAGCAUGAGAAUGAAGAUUCUACGGAACAAUUCACGGAAACGGUGGACGACAUGUACAUUCACAGACCGUUAAAAUGGGCUUUUAUAAAUUUUGAAAGAUUUUCUCUUGUAAACGGAAUCAUUUAUGAAGAAGACGAGUUUGAAUCCGAAAAUGCGUCAUCAGAAGACGACGAUUCCAUCCACUCAGAUAGCGAAAUAGAAAACAGUGAACAUUCCAAUGAUGUCGUCGUCGACUCCAUUAACGAAAUUCAACAAAUGAAUGUUGAAAGUGAAGUGUCGUCAAUAUCUUCCACGAAAGAUGACGUUGAGGAAAAAAACUUUGUUAAUAAUAGGAAUACGACAUCACUACAAGUCAUUCAAUGCACCAAAAGUGAAGAAGGUGUGAAAGUGUAUGAUGAUAAACAGAAACAAAAGCAGGAGUUUCAUCACUUAACUGAAUGCGAAGAUAGCAAAAAUGAAAAUGAUGAAUCUUUAUCCGAAGACGAAACCAUUGAAGAAUACGAAAAAGAAACUACAAGCUGCAUGGACAUUUUUUGGCAUUUUCUUCGCAAGUUUCCAUCUGUGGUGUGUCCGUGUUUAAAACGAAGAAAGUAAACUGGUCGAUAUUUAAUAAGGAGAAACUGCGAAGAGGACCAAUUAUCUUUUUUUUUUAGCUUCUUAUUCGUUG